CACCAGAAGAGGAUUCACGAAGAGAUCGAUUCUGUGGUCGGAAGAGAUCGGAGUCCCUGUUAUGCCGACAGACUUCAUAUGCCGUUCACUCAGGCGUUCAUUAACGAGUCGUUUCGAUACAAAACUCUUUUCCCGUUAAACCUAAUGAGACGCUCAGUAGAGGACUCAUCCAUUUUAGGGCAUUUCGUACCAAAAAACACCAGAAUAUUAUCUAAUAUAUGGGCCGUUCAUCACGACCACAAAGUGUGGGAUAAUCCGGAUAAGUUUAAUCCCAAUCGCUUUCUCACCGAUGAUGGCCGCGAAGUGAUCAAAACGGAUGCUUUGAUACCAUUCUCUACGGGUAUGUGAAUUAAAU